AUGACUCUCUUCAUAUCUAUCUAUCUAUCUAUCUAUCUAUCUAUCUAUCUAUCUAUCUCAGUCUCUUCAUUUCUGUCUAUCCCAGCCUGUUCAUAUCUAUCUAUCUAUCUAUCUAUCUAUCUAUCUAUCUAUCUAUCUAUCUAUCUAUCUAUCUCAGCCUGUUCAUAUCUAUCUAUCUAUCUAACUAUCUAUCUAUCUAUCUAUCGCAAUGAUUUAAUGUCUGCCUCUUUCCCUCUAUUUAGUAUCUUCCUUUUGCAUUUUUUCUAUUAUUUUAUUUUUCGGGUCCUUUUUUUUCCUCAUUACAUUCGCUCUUUCUCUUGUGGGUUUCUCUCUCUCUCUCUCUCUCUCUCUCUCUCUUUUCUGUCAAAUCAAUUAACCAUUUUUUCACGCUAUUUCUUUUUUUUCUUUAUACUUAAUUCAUUUCUUUUUCCUUCUUUCUCUCAAAUCACAUACGCUUAUUCCCUUCUAAUUCGGAUCUCCACUCUUUCUUUUCCUUUCACACGAAUUAUUUCUUGUCUGGUUACUAUGAUACAAGUUUAUGUAUUUCUUCUAUAUUCUUCAUCUUCUUCUUCUUUACAUCCUAUUUCUUUUUCUUCUUCACAUUCUUCUUCCUCCUCUUCUUCUUCACAUUCUAUUUCUUCUUCUUUUUUAUAUCCUAUUUCUUUUGCUUCUUCUUCUUUUUCCCAUCCUUCUUCUUCCUCUUCUUCUUCACGUCCUAUUUCUUCUUCUUCUUCUCCUUCUUCUUCUUUACAUUGUAUUUCUUUUUCUUCUUCUUUUUCACAUUCUUCUUCCUCCUAUUCUUCUUCACAUUCUAUUUCUUCUUCUUCUUCUUCUUCUUUUUCACAUCCUUCUUCUUCCUCUUCUUCUUCACAUUCUAUUUCUUCUUCUUCUUCUUCCUCUUCUUCUUCUUCUUCUUUUUCACAUCCUUCUUCUUCCUCUUUUCUUUACAUCCUAUUUCUUUUCUUCUUCUUCUUUUUCACAUCCUUCUUCUUCCUCUUCCUCUUUACAUCCUAUUUCUUCUUCUUCUUCUUCUUUACAUCCUAUUUCUUUUUCUUCUUCUUCUUCUUUACAUCCUAUUUCUUCUUCUUCCUCUUCUUCUUUACAUCCUAUUUCUUUUUCUUCUUCUUCUUUUUCUCCUUGUAUAUUAUUCUUCUUCUCCUCCUCUUUUUCUUCUUCUUCUUUUUCACAUUUUUCUUCCUCCUCUUCUUCUUCGCAUCCUAUUUCUUCUUCUUCUUCUUUACAUCCUAUUUCUUUUUCUUCUUCUUUUUCACAUUCUUCUUCUUCCUCUUCUUCUUCACAUCCUAUUUCUUCUUCUUCUUCUUCUUCUCUUCCUCAUCCUUCUUCUUCAUCUCCUCCUCCUUCUUCAUCUCCUUCUUCUUCUUCCUCUUCACACCCUUCUUAUUCUUCACAUCCUUCUACUUUUUCUUCCUUUUCUUCUUCUGUUUACUGUUAGGUCGACCUUUUCUCUUUCUCUUUCUCUUUCGUCUGCACAUUGUUUCUCUUUUAUCUUUCUCUCUCUCUCUUUAUCUCCCACCGAUUCACAAUCACAAAUUAUAUAUCUAUCUACAUUUUAAUGUCUUUUCUCGCCUAUUCUGUGCCAAUAUAGAAUCGAUCAAGCCUCAGCUACGGUUCGGAUCCACGAGAGACAAUCGAAAGGCAAGAGGCCCUUCUGGAGACGGUGUUGAAGAUUAUUUGUUUUGGCAACGACACGACGAAGGUCAUAAGGGGAGCCUUCUUCCAGACAAUAUCGAAUAUAGAUUCUUUCCUCUAAGCCUUGCGUUGCAGAAGAUAGCGUGCACGCGAAUAAGAUACUUGUUUCACGCUGAUUUCAAAAGGCUCCCUGAUGUCAUCUUUGGAGAGCAACUUAACGAUCAUGCCAUCCCGAAAGAGAUGGAUGGUAUUUACAAACGUCUGCCGGCACGCGAUGCACUCACAUCCAACUGCAUAUCUGCCAGGCAUUGCUUGAACGUAUCACUCUUAGGAACGGACGAUGAGUCGUUUUGCGACUCUAAUACACCCUUUGCAAUCAAAGCUUCAACGUCGAGCCUGGCCAGUACCUAG